GAAGUGACUGGAGGACCUGAGGUUCCAUUCCACCCAGGGAGGGAGGACAAGAGCGAGCCACCAGUUGAAGGUCGCUUACCUGAUGCUACUAAGGGUUCCGACCACUUGAGGGAUGUAUUUGUUAAGCAGAUGGGACUUAGUGACAAGGACAUUGUCGCUCUCUCUGGUGGCCAUACCCUGGGAAGGUGCCACAAGGAGCGUUCUGGAUUUGAGGGACCCUGGACCACCAACCCUCUCAUCUUUGAUAACACCUACUUUACAGAACUCCUGAGUGGAGAAAAGGAAGGGCUUAUACAGCUUCCAUCUGACAAGGCACUUAUCUCUGACCCUGCAUUUCGUCCCCUAGUUGAGAAAUAUGCUGCGGAUGAAGAUGCCUUUUUUGCAGAUUAUGCAGAAGCUCAUAUGAAGCUUUCUGAACUGGGAUUUGCUGAUGCCUAAGCUAAUGAACAAUGCGAAUGGUAGCCUGUUUUUGUUUUGAAUUUUAUGCUUUGAGUAACUUGGGUUUUAGCAUGGUGGUGGUGGCACUGGGAUAGGUUUUGAGCUGCUUCCGCUGGACAUUGAUGCUAGCAACCUAUGAUAUGGUCAUUAUCUUACCUUGAAAUAAUAAAAACUAUGGAUCUCUGUGUGUGCGUGUGCAAUGAGUUGGGUAGGCAUGUUAUACAAACUUUUGGGAUAACUCAAUCCAAUUAAUAGCCCUAAUGCAAACCCUGCUCUAGCCACCCUCGUCGCAACCAAUCCAAAGACCUUUGAUUUGUAAUAGAGGUAGUGGCCACCACUAGAGCGAUGAUUUCCGAACCCAUUAAAGUACAGGGAAUGGAUUGGUAUUAAGGCUCUUGUUGUCAGGUUCUACAUAACUAAAUCUGGCAGAGUGCAGCAGAUAUAAUUAAGUUGGAUUAGGAUAUAUACAUAAAUAAGUUCGCUAAGUGCAUCAGAUCCACUCCGAAGUAUGUUGAAUUAUAUUGGGCAAAUUGUACUUUGCACCUUAAAAGAUUUUAAGAUUUUUAUUUUGCACUUUUAAAAAUUAAAAUUUUUUAUAUUGCUUCUUUAAUGUAUUAAAAAUAGUGCAAUAUGAUUUUUUGUUAGUUUUUUGUGUGGGUCAAUGCUGGAUUUUGACGGAAAAAAUAAUAUAAGUUAACAAAAUAGUUGUAUCGUAACAUUUUUGAUACAUUGAUGAUGUAAUAUGAAAAAUUUAAGGAUACAAAGCGAGAAAUUUAAAAUCUUUUAACGGAAAGUGUAAGAAAUCCAAUUAUAUUUUGGAACCAAUUAGUCCACUGGGAAAAAUUGAUGGGGGUAACACGUGGGAGUGAUUGGAGGAAAAAAAAUAGUUUUAAUCGAAUAACUCAAAAAUCUGAUAAUAAUGAAUUAGGGAGGAAUACUUUUUCCAAUACAUCUCUCUGACAAUUUUAUUUUUGUUACAUUUACAAAUAGAUUAAUUGCAUUGUUUGCUCAUCCAUGUGCCUAUCCUUUUUGAAGGUCAAUCAGAUAGAUUGGCGGUGCUACUCUUUCUAGGAGAAGAGAGGUUCAAAUGAGUUCUCUUUUAACUAAGUUGUAAAGAUUCCUCACGCGUGGGUCACUGUUUACCAUCCCAAAAACUAAAUAACAGAAGGCAAAAAGGGCUACCAGAGUCCUAGAGACAGAUAUGUAAAGGAAAGAAUAACGAAUUUUCUCAUAUUUUAAAAAUCUAUUUGUCUGAAUUAUUCUUUAAUAGUUAUAGACAUUUCAAGUCGCAAAGAACACUAUUGCAAUCCCCAACCAAAUUGUAUUUCUAUAUAUUUAUAGUGAUAUGACUUAAGAGUUGAGAU